CGUACUGCACUACUACUCACACAGACUGUUCUGGAAGGACAGUGACAAUAUGAUGGUGGUAGGAGAUAUGCAGUGUAACCACACCUCAGAUGUCUAUAAAUACAAAGUGAAUGGAUUCACGGUGCUACAUCGGUCCCUCCAGCCGUACCCAGUUGGUAUGAAUGAGUCCACCCUGAUUAUCAUACCAAAGGCUGUUCCCAUGGAAACCAUCCAAUGUCAAGGUCACUGGGCAGAUUUCAACCUCACAUGGAGUCCAGCCACCGUCACUUAUGGCAAGAUCUUCUACGAAGUGUCCAUUGAAGUACCACAAACUUCCAACAAGAAAAUGCUGUUUCAGAAAAUGGAAGAUACCUGGUACAAGAUGCCAAACUUGCCCCCAUACAGCAAGAUCAUUGUAUCUCUACGAGCCUAUACUUACUGGGGUAAUGGACCGGUCACCACGGUAACCAUCUACUCACCAAUGUCAGUGCCUGGUAAGCCACUACAACCACGCGUGUAUGUAAACCCUUACAAGGAUGCUCUCACUUCCCAUCAUGCACUGGCUGCUGACUUCCGCUGGAUGAAACCGAACAUCACCAAUGGUCCAAUCAGCCAUUACAACAUCUCUCAUUGGUCAAUGAGUGUUGAGAAUGGUAAAGUGUUCGUGGUGACCAGCCCAGCCACUGCUCGACAUUUUAUCCUUGACAACCUACUCCCUAAUGCCUCCUACUCCUUCCAGGUGUGUGCGUGUACAUUGAUAGGUUGUGGUGAGAAGUCUGAUGUCAUUGUCGCACAGCAGGAUGUUGUGCGGCCUGUCCCGAAACUCCUGCUGGCCACAGCUACAUCAAUUAAAAUGGCAGAGAUAGACAGUUCGGUUAAUCUCUCUGUUGCCAUUGACACCAGUGUGGCGUCUCGCGCUGUUACAUACCAGGCCCAGGAUGACCGGAAGUUCUGGAUCACGGAGGAUGGAAUGUUGAUGGAAUCUGUGAAUACUGACCAACACCCUUUGAUGAAGCUAAAUAAUUCUGGAGUGGACUUGUCACUUGACUGGAUCAGUCGGACUCUGUAUAUCGUGGAGGUGGACAGUACUCGAGGAACCAGCUCCCUAAGGGCCUACAAGCUUGACCAGGGCCAGUACCUUGGCCUACAGGACCGGCCCCAAACCAUUGGGGCCAUUGUCGCUGACCCCUACACCAGCAAUGUAAUCUGGACAGAGGAAGGAUUGAAUAAAAAUCAGUAUACUGUUUACAAGAUGAACUCCAAUCUUGAUACUGUAUCAGUGUUCAGCACAAUUCGGAGGCGGUUGCGUCGAGAAGUUACCUCCCUUCCAUGUACAUGCCCCAUGACAGUGACAACAAGCAGCUCUCUGGCUGUGGACCAUUCCAGUAACAACAAGAUGGAGAUGAUACUGUACUACCUGAGUGCUAAGGCUCUUAUAGCAGCUGACAUAGAUGGCUGUCACUGUAGGACCAUCCUUCCGGGCAGUAGUGUUUCAGACUCACCCCCUGAUCUGCUCUCGGUUGACCACCUCUAUAUCUACUGGUACAACAAGGCAACUGGUCAGUUGUAUGCUAUAGACAAGGCAAACAAUGCUGUAACUCUUCACUCUGUUCCUGGAGUAAAUGACCUCCUGGCCUAUGGGUCUCAACUUCAGCCACUGCCAGGUCUGGGAUGUCUGGAUCCGGGUCCAUAUAAUGGUAGUAUUGUAAUGGUACACCACACCAAUUCCUCCCUCUCGCUCCUCCUAGAGGAGGUAGACUGGCCAGCAGAGUGUGACACAAUCUCUCACCCAAAUACCAGGUACACUGUCUUCUUCAGACAGGGUUCCCAUGGAGAUCGGUGUGGAGUGGACGGCCAUGACUGUCAAUCACAGACAUCAUACAAUCGUCAGAUGACAAUAUCCACCCUGGAGCCGUAUAUGGAGUACGUGGUUCAUGGAGCUGUGAGUAACUACUACACGGAAAACCUGGAUAAGGUUUUGAGUGAGCCCCAUGUGUUUCGUACCAAGGUCGGAGUGCCUUCUCCAGCAACAUCUGUGAUCCUUAAAGUGUUGAGCUUCGACAAGAUGAGUGUAAAAUGGUCACCCCCACUUCACACCAAUGGUCCCCUAGAGGAGAUCACAUACAAGGUCAAAUGGACAGUGGUCACCAAGGGUCAGACUCAGGAAAUGGAGAUGACCCCUGAGAUAGAACUACCCACCAGUAUAACUCGAGUCCCUAUUCACAUUGUCACCCUUACUGACCUGCUUCCUAACCACCAGUAUAAGGUCAAGAUCCUGGCUUCCAACAAAGAGAAGUUGUUAUACAGUGAGACGGCUGAGGUGAAGGCCAAGACCUACGAGGGCAUGAGAGACAUCAAACUGCUGGACAAGUCAGAAGAUACUUUAAAUGUUUCAUGGGACAUCCCUCAGGACAAGAGCGUGUAUGCUGUCACCUUCAUGUACUACCCGAUAGAAGAGGUUGAGGGGUCAUUGAUAAAGAUGAGCCAGACCCAGUUUCCCCAAAAGUCCAAAAUCUACAGCCAGUGUAGAUAUCUGAUUAGUCACCUCCAGCCCUACACCCAAUACAGCGUCAAACUUAGGCUGGUUCUGACUGGUCUACUGCGUGUCGACUGGCCUGACGAUGACCGCUUUGUUUUUAGAACUAAAGCAUCAACUCCCCUAGAGCCCUUCCCACCAGAGGUACAGAAGCUUAAGUCCCAGGUGUAUGUAGUAGUGUGGACGGAGCCGCAGGUCAAUGGAGAGAGUAUAUCGCACUAUAGCCUCCAGUACAGACAGACGGACAGCGACACCUGGGAACAGGCCUACAACGGCACAGAGCUGCGCUGGGUCGUCGACAAGGAGGUCACACCGCCUGGCCAUGACUAUGUAUUUAGGGUCAAGGCCACAAAUGAAAUCGGUUGGGGACCUCCCAGUAACUCCAGUCUGACCUUCACAUUCAUAGAGGCCCUUGUGGCCACAGACAACUCCAUCAUUGUGUCUAUUGGCCUGCCUGUUGGACUCAUCCUCAUCAGUAUUGUCAUACUUGUAGCCUAUUGUUAUGUGAGAUGGAAGAGACAGGACCUCCAGAAGAAGCGGCCUCAGUUUGUGGCAGUAGCUCGAGGACCUGAUGUAGAAUUGGCGACAUUGAGGGAGCUGCCACACACAGCCUACCAACAGAGUAACACUUUGUAUGCUAUCAGUUUAAUUCCAACCGACAGUGAUAUUGCAUCCUUGCCCCACUUCCGACGGGAUCAGUUGAUGCUUACAAAGUUCCUUGGCAGUGGAGCAUUUGGAGAAGUCUUUGAGGGUCUGGCCAAAAACAUUCUCAGUGACACAUCUGGUGAAACAAAGGUGGCUGUCAAGACCUUGAGGAAGAGUGCAUCAGAUCAUGAAAAGGAGGAGUUCCUCAAAGAGGCGGUCCUCAUGAGCAACUUUAAGCAUGAACAUAUCCUGAGUCUGCUGGGUGUGUGUCUGGACAAUGACCCAGAAUUCAUCAUCUUGGAGCUGAUGGAGGGUGGUGACUUGCUCUCCUUCCUCCGUGCUUGUCGACCCUCAACAACCAAUGCUGCAUUCCUGUGUAUAACAGACCUGGUUAAGAUUUGUGUCCACGUGGCUCGGGGAUGUAAAUACCUGGAGGAGAUGCACUUUGUCCACAGGGACUUGGCAGCAAGGAAUUGUCUGGUUUCUAGUAAGACACCAGCAGACAUGGUGGUAAAGAUUGGAGACUUUGGCCUGGCCAGGGAUAUCUACAAGAAUGACUACUAUAGAAAGGAAGGCGAGGGACUACUUCCUGUACGAUGGAUGUCACCAGAGGCGCUGGUCGAUGGGGUGUUCACAACACAGUCAGAUAUAUGGGCAUUUGGCAUUCUCAUUUGGGAAGUAAUGACCUUCGGACGACAACCAUACCCUGCACGAACCAACAUUGAGGUCCUACAUUUUGUACGAUCAGGAGGCCAGCUAGAACAACCUGAAGGUUGUCCUGAGGAACUAUUCCAGAUGAUGAGAAAUUGUUGGGUGGAGGCCGAGGAUCGUCCCUCCUUCUCAGUCGUCCUCCAACAGCUUGAAGAAUUCCACGACAAGUGUGUGUCGCUGUUCGCUGACUACAUUGUCCCUAUCCGCUCCCGCACGAUCAACCCCGACGUGGGUGGCUCAACUUGUCAUCGUCAGCCAAGAGAGAGAAAAAUGAGACGGAGGACCUUAUCACAUGGACAUGACCCUGAUUACAAGGGUGACAAUGAAGUGCUGUAUAAAAAGAUUCAACAUGCUACGUCCUUUGAUAUGCCUGAGCCACGUGAUGAGAUGGAACUCACUUAUCGACAAAUUGCAAUGCAGAACAGUGCAUGUACAGACUAUCUCAUCCCACACACACAGGGCACACCAAAGUAUCUCCAGCUCAUCCGUGACCCGGUAGACCGACGCAAGUCCUCCCAGGGGUCAAGUCGACACAGUUCCUGUUCCAGUGAUAUUUACUCCCUAAACUCCAGUCUACAAGUGGCACUUCCUCCCCUCAAGCAGUACGAAUCUAUCCAUUCCAUAGACUCGGACCUGUGUCCAGAUGUCCCAUACUCCACAGUCAACACCAUUCCAGAGGGUUAUGAAUUUGUUCCUUAUCCUUCCCAUCUCACCAGAAAUAAAAUGGCCACCCCUGAUGGGUAUGCUAUAGUAAAUGGCCCACCACGGCGAGUGUCAUGUAGCAGCUCACAUGAUGGGUCAGGUGUUCACAAUAAUCCGUGUGUCUCAAACAGUUCAAUUCCUACAGGAUACAGUCCAACUGAUGCAAUAAGUUCUUCUAACAGUCAAUGUGUAACAAACAAUUCAGCUCCUUCAGAAUACAGUUCAUUUGUUGGGACCAGUUCUCCGAAUACUCGGUGUAUCCCUGACAGUUCACUUCCAGCAGGAUACACAACAGUCAAUAUUCCACCUAAGACUGGCUGCCCUGUGGGGACGAGCAGUAGUGCAGAGGUGAUCAUCAGCUACCCGCGGGCCACGGUAGAGCGGGGAUACAGUAGUGCUGAAGCACGUCUGUAUUACACAGGGACAGCCUCAGACUUAGCAAACAACCUCAAAAACAAGCCCAAGGCUAUAUACCCUCACAUUGCCCUCACAGACAGCAGGAAUUAUGUAGAUUGUAACAGAAACAAGGCCUCGUAUCUCAGCCAAGCUUCCAAUUCGGACUGUUCUCAUCUCACACAGAACAAACUGCAGGCAUACUGGGCCAGUAAUGGUCGCAUCCCAGGGGGUCAGGAUUCCAAGGCCCCUGGGGGACGGUCUCGUGGACAGGUCUACCCUCUCAGUGAGGCCCUGGUGUCGGGCUACUCGGAUGUACAGGCGAGUCUGGUAUGACCAGGGAUUUCUCACACUAUAUAUACUCUCUCAUACAGAAAUGUCACCUGUGUGGAAAAAUCUAUGUGUGGAUACAAGAGACAUCUUAAAAGAUUAUUUUGGCCAUUGGAGAUGGCUCAAUUAAACAUGGACAUUAAGGAUAUCUCAAGACAUUUGUAUAAGAUGUAAGCAUUUAAUGUCCAAACUACUGGGCAGAUAUAUUAGGAUAUCGCUGUAUGUAUCACCCUUAUAGAGUGGACAAAUUGUUGAAGACUGACAAAAUAAUUGUUUGGAUCAUAAGGAUGGUCAAGGAUACUGUAAAUGUUUAUAUUUGACACACUCUGAUUUAUAAUUGAUAUUUAGCCAGUGUCAUAUUGAUGUACUGGAAAAAUAACAGGUCAGAAAAGUGAUGAAAAUUCACAUCAUGUAGUACAAUAUAGGAAACAUGUUAAAAUAAGUUUAUCACUAUAUAUAUACAACAGAUCGCUAUAAUCAACAGAUAGGUGAUCUUCAUAUCCAAGACACCUAGACACCUAACACUAUCCAAGACACCUAACACUAUCCAAGACACCUAACACUAUCCAAGACACCUAAUACUAUCCAAGACACCUAGACACCUAACACUAUCCAAGACACCUAGACACCUAACACAAUCCAAGACACCUAACACUGUUCAAGACAUUAACACUAGCCAAGACACAUAACACUAUCCAAGACACAUAACACUAUCCAAGACACCUAACACAAUCCAAGACACCUAACACCAUCCAAGACACAUAACACUAUCCAAGACACCUAACACUAUCCAAGACACCUAACACUAUCCAAGACACAUAACACUAUCCAAGACACAUAACACUAUCCAAGACACCUAACACUAUCCAAGACACCUAACACUAUCCAAGACACCUAACACUGUUCAAGACAUUAACACUAGCCAAGACACAUAACACUAUCCAAGACACCUAACACUAUCCAAGACACCUAACACUAUCCAAGACACCUAACACAAUCCAAGACACAUAACACUAUCCAAGACACCUAACACCAUCCAAGACACAUAACACUAUUCAAGACACAUAGCACUAUCCAAGACACCUAACACUAUCCAAGACACCUAACACCAUCCAAGACACAUAACACUAUCCAAGACACAUAACACUAUCCAAGACACAUAACACUAUCCAAGACACAUAACACCAUCCAAGACACAUAACACUAUCCAAGACACCUAACACAAUCCAAGACACAUAACACAAUCCAAGACACAUAACACUAUCCAAGACACAUAGCACUAUCCAAGACACAUAACACUAUCCAAGACACAUAGCACUAUCCAAGACACCUAACACCAUCCAAGACACAUAACACUAUCCAAGACACAUAGCACUAUCCAAGACACCUAACACUAUCCAAGACACAUAGCACUAUCCAAGACACCUAACACCAUCCAAGACACCUAACACUAUCCAAGACACAUAACACCAUCCAAGACACCUAACACAAUCCAAGACAUUAACACUAUCCAAGGCAUUAACACCAUCCAAGACACCUAACACUAUCCAAGACACAUAACACCAUCCAAGACACCUAACACCAUCCAAGACACCUAACACCAUCCAAGACACCUAACACUAUCCAAGACACCUAACACUAUCCAAGACAUUUAACACUAUCUAAGACAUACACUACAGCCUAUUUGGUAUCCAUAUUGAUUAACGAAAAAAUAUUGAAAUUCUAGAAUAUCUGCCAUGACUAUAAUUAGCUCAUCUGCUCCGAAGGACAAAGGUGAGUUUAUGCCAUACUGUGGCGUCCGUCGACAUUCUGAAUUACUGAUUGGAUUUUAACCUAUUUUACUGGAAGCACCUGUAAGUGGUGGGGAUUCAAAAACUACAAAGGGCUGACCCCCUCACCCACCCACCCCCCACCCCCCACCCCCCCUCCAGGGACUGGGGGAGGGGGGCCAAAAGGGAGCAAUAUUGCUAUAAACAACUUCUUGUCUGAAAUUAAGCAAGGAAUAUCAUCAUAUUUGACUGGUCCCUGGAUGGUGUUGAUUCAAAAUUGUACAUAUGUACAGUAUUAAAUGUUAGAUCCAAAACCAAGAAAAACAGUAUUUCUAAUUAUAGCCAGGUGAGCAAUUCAGGCCCUCUGGGCCUCUUGUUUUAUUUUACCUACACUUUUUGUUUGACCAUUAACUUGAGGCUGUAACAUGUAUAAAGUAGUGAAUGUUAGUCUUGUUUUAAUAAGCAUUAUCUGCUUUCUUUACAUUGCGAAAAAUGGUGUAUGUAAUAUUAACAUGUCAGUGAAAACAAUAUUAAGCAUUGUUUUAAAAAAGUAUUUUAUGUUGGAAGAAGUAGAACGAUUCCACAGUAUUGCCAAACAAUGCACAACUAGUGAAACCAAAGAUAAGUGGUGUAAUACAUGAUGUGUAAGUGUGAUAACUAUGUUCACACACUGUUUAUACGCUAUCUACAUAGCUAUAUAGCUUCCUCACUUACACCGGUCACUGAGGUCACUGAGGUCACUCAGUCCUUGGGUUAAUAGAAUUAUAGACAUGAUGUAGUGUUCUCAGAGACAACACUUUAAAUCCUUUGAUAUAUUGAUCCCCCAUCCUGUAUAUAGGAUCUUUUAAAGCAAUACAAAAUUCAGAAUGAAGCCAUUUUCAGAUACUGUAAUAUAGCUGGAGCCAUUUAUUACAGCUACCUUUCACUAAAAGUGUUGAUAUAUAUAUAUAUAUAUUUGUGAUUAUUGUACCUUGUUACGACUUUUGUCUUGUUGAUAGUGUUUAUGAUGUUGUUUAUCAAGUUUAACAGAGUCCCAUUUAUUGUUCUGCUCAGUAGAGUAUAGCUAUUGUUUGUGUCAGAGUUUAACUUCAUCUUUGUUUAUAAUGUCAUCCUGGUUUUGUAGUAACCUUGACCUCCAUUUUCUGUCCAAGCUUAACUUGCCCACUGUUUAUGUAUGAGGUGACCUUGACCUCUAUGCUUUACCAUGUUCUGUAGCCAUUCCAACUAACACAAGGCAUACCGCUGAAGGGAGCUAACUCUCAUGUGAUAUAAAUCACGUUUUUAGAUAAGCAGUUAUAAAAUGACAAUGUAAUGUUAUGAAAAAGGUGACAAUCAUUUUUUAUUUCCAAUAAAGUUGAACAAUGGUGCUUGAUCUGGAAUUGAGAAUGCCCAUCAUCAGGAUUCUCUGAUAAAGGACAUACUGCUGAGACGAGUUGGAAUGGCUGUAUAUUUUUGAUGAGUCAACAUUUGUAUAGAAGCCACAAUACACUAACUGGAUGGGUUCCAGUUGUGGACAAUUCCGCACUGUUAUGAAUUUAUCUACAGAUAAUACCCUGGGUACUGUUAUUUCUAAACUCAGCAAGAAUCAAAGAUUCCUCUUUUAAGAAUUGCCAUGUUUUGUCUACUGUUAACACAUGGGGCAAUCAUUUACAUAAAAUCCUCUUAGACCUCAAAACCAUCCCUAAAGAAUGCUUCAAAUUUCAAAUACAUUAUUGGGUCCUAAUACUGGUUAAUCAAGACAAAAGAGGUUCCUCACAUUCCCUUUUCUUACUUAAAGUACUGGGGUCUUCACUAUUUAUAGAGAGGAUUGCCUAUAUUUCUGAUGUAAAACAGACACCUGUAUGUCUGUAUCUGUACAUCUUAAUCUAACAAAUACGCUGAUGCCUAUUGGCAAGUGAUGUGUAGGGAAUGUGGGAACCAAGGAUGUGUAGGGAAGGUGGGAACCAAGGAUGUGUAGGGAAGGUGGGAACCAAGGAUGUGUAGGGAAGGUGGAAACCAAGGAUGUGUAGGGAAGGUGGGAACCAAGGAUGUGUAGGGAAGGUGGGAACCAAGGAUGUGUCGGGAAGGUGGGAACCAAGGAUGGGUAUGCAAGGUGGGAACCAAGGAUGUGUAGGGAAGGUGGGAACCAAGGAUGGGUAUGCAAGGUGGGAACCAAGUAUGUGUAGGGAAGGUGGAAACCAAGGAUGUGAAGGGAAGGUGAGAACCAAGGAUAUGUAGGGAAGGUGGGAACCAAGGAUAUGUAGGGAAUGUGGGAACCAAGGAUUUGUAGGGAAGGUGGGAACCAAGGAUGUGUAGGGAAGGUGGGAACCAAGGAUGUGUAUGCAAGGUGGGAACCAAGGAUGCGUAGGGAAGGUGGGAACCAAGGAUGUGUAUGCAAGGUGGGAACCAAGGAUGUGUAUGCAAGGUGGGAACCAAGGAUGUGUAGGGAAGGUGGGAACCAAGGAUGUGUAGGGAAGGUGGGAACUAAGGAUGUGUAGGGAAGUUGGGAACCAAGGAUGUGUAGGGAAGGUGGGAACCAAGGAUGUGUAGGGAAGGUGGGAACCAAGGAUGUGUAGGGAAGGUGGGAACCAAGGAUGUGUAGGGAAGGCGGGAACCAAGGAUGUGUAGGGAAGGCGGGAACCAAGGAUGUGUAGGGAAGGUGGGAACUAAGGAUGUGUAGGGAAUGUGGGAACCAAGGAUGUGUAGGGAAGGUGGGAACCAAGGAUGUGUAGGGAAGAUGGGAACCAAGGAUGUGUAGGGAAGGUGGGAACCAAGGAUGUGUAGGGAAGGUGGGAACCAAGGAUGUGUAGGGAAGGUGGGAACCAAGGAUGUGUAGGGAAGGUGGGAACCAAGGAUGGGUAUGCAAGGUGGGAACCAAGGAUGUGUAGGGAAGAUGGGAACCAAGGAUAUUAGGGGAAUGCAGGUCUGAAACACUGGAAGUAAACAUUGAUCCAGUUCUUUACAUCAGACAGAUGUUAAGAUAGCGUAAAUUUAAUGUUGGUUAAAUGCUUUUAAUUUUGUCUAAAUUUAAGAUAGCUUGUUUAAAAUACUGACUGCAAUAAGGGGUUGUACAUUGAAAUAUUUGUACAUUCACAAUUAAAAGGUUUGUUAUAAACAAGCCUGAUAUUUUAAUUUCGUGGUAUGUAAAUACAUCUUAAGAUGAAAACGUUGCUUGAUAUCUGCCAUAAACAAGGCAAUUCAGGUGAAAUGGUCGAAAUGUCAAUUUGGAAUAAGCAAUAAAACAUUUUCUCUUUGUGAGAUUCAAGCCUUAAGAUUCUCCGAUGACCCUUGAUUUGCCCAUGUGUCUAUGUAUAUGCUAUGAGCAGGGUCCAAACCAGGAAUUUUUGUGUACAUUUGUUUAUUUUGACCAAAUUGUUUAUGGCUGUCAGUUUUUUUUCCCGACAAACUCUCAUUAUCUUCCAGUACUCACUAUAAACACUUAAUAUGGACUAGUUUCGGGAUGGUUUUUUUAUUUACAGAUUUUGAAAAUGAUAAAAUUGUCAUAUAUAAAGAAAUAUCACAGCAGAUAAUUUUAAACUUGUACAUUUUGUUUUGACAGGUUUUGAAAUAAAAUUAUUUUUCUAUCAUUGCAGUACUUUGUACAAGCACUAGAAGUUCAUACAACCCGGUAUUUUGUAUACUAAAGAAGAUUGUAUUAAUAUCAAACCUUUCUUAGAUUUCUCGUGUACUAUAUUGCUAUGAGUACAGCAUUCCCCAUGUACUGGUUUACAGGCACCAGAUUUUGUUGUCAGUGUUAUCAUGUUAACCAUUUUUUUAAUCAUCAGUCUUUAUUGAUUACAGAUUAUUUUAUGAUUAAAUAAAGGAUAUGUUAAAUUUU